AUGUGGGGCCCGUGGGGGCCUGACGCAGGUUGGGGCGGCGAGGAGUGGGGCCCGUGGGGGCCUGACGCAGGUUGGGGCGGCGAGGAGUGGGGCACAUGGUCUGGUGAGGACUGGGGCGCAGGUGAUGAGGAGCGCUGGAGAGGAAAGCACGCUCACAGGAGAGGCGGCGUCAGCCACCAGGGCAGGAGGGAGGCGAGGGCCUCCAAGCAGGUUCAGGAGGCUCCUGCCUCAGCUCAGCGUUCGUGUAGCCACCCUCCCUACGACUGCGCCCAGGCCCACAAGGAUGCUGUUCUGGACAGGAUGAACGCCGAACUUGCUGGCGCUCGGGAUAGAAUCAGCGCCUUGGAGCUUCAGAACAAAGAGCUGUUGCAGGAGAAGCUGGAUUUGCACGCUAGUGUUGCUUCGUUUCGUGCCCUGAAUGAGAAACUCGGCGCAGAUCUGGCGGAGUUCAAGGCAGCCAGCCACGUUGGCAACCAGACCGUGGAGAGCCUUCGCGUCGAGAUCGCGCGGCUGACUGCAGAGCAG